AUGGAGCUGGCGCUGGCCGCUGCGGAUGGCACGGCACAGGCCUGGAACGAGGUCUACCGGCACCCAGCCAGGUACGGCUGGAAGGCGUAUUGCCAGAGAUUUCGACAGGCUUGCCGGCUCGAGGAGCAUGCGCUUGCAGCCUAUGCCGAGCUCCGUCCUCUCAGUGAGGAGUGGCAGAAGAAGUACACCAAAGCCUGUGGCCUGGACGUGGAUGCCUGCGUCGGCAGCCUGAUGCUGUCCCUGAACGUCCUCCCCGGUGUGAGGACCCUGUCCUCCUGUAACUCGAUCCACGAGGGCGCCCACGAGGAGGAAGCCCUGGUGGCUUUCACUGCCGAGGCCGAAGAGCUUGCUCGGCAAGUUGCCGAAGCCGUGGGCCAGAGCCACUUCCGAGAGUCCCAAGAGGGACUCAUUCAGCCACGCAUGGCUGGGGAGAGGGCGGUGGCCUUCAAAAGCUACAUCGUGUUUUCGGUGGCCACGAAGGCGGGUCGCCCUGACGGGCUGCAGAGGCUGCAGGAGAUGAUGGCUGCAGCCCGUGCGGUCCAUUCCCUCGCCCGCCGGCUGCGGUCCGCUGCCGAAGCGUCGACGUCGGAACCACAGCAACCGCAACAUCUCCCAACCUCCUUGCCCAGUGAGGAGGCCCAAAGAGAAGGUUUGGACGUGUCGCCUCUGGCGAUCGACUCUCAGCUGAAGGUGAAAGGACUGAGGAAGCAGUGGAGCACCCAGCGCUGGGUGCGGCUGAGUCCUUUCGAUCCGAAGGAGCUUCGCAGUUUGCGCGACGAGCUGGUGGCUGAUCUGAAAGGCUUGCAGCCCAUCGAGACGUCGCACACGCAGGCACUGGUCCUACCUCUUGAGGAGGCCCAGGAGGCUGGCUCUCCGGUGCUGCAUCGCUUGGUAGAGACUUUUCGGGCUCAGCAGUUCCGGAGCUUGGUGCAGAGCAUCACGGGCUGCAGCCCUUUGUCUGUAGCUUCGCAGAGAUGUGCACUGGUGGCCAUUCCGCCUGAAGGGCACGUGCUUCCGCAGUGCUUUGCCGGCGAGCACGCGAGGGGUGAGGUCGCCUUCGUCCUGUUCCUUUCGGAGGACUGGUGGAAGGAGGGAGAUGGUGGGCUCCUUGAGCUUUACGGCCCCGAGAGUGGGAAACCGGCUGCCAGACUCGUGCCGGAACCGUUCCUGAUCCUUUAUGCAGCUGGGACAGGGGCUGCCAUCACCCGCGUUCUCACCGAAGAUGCACCACAGCUCGCGGUCCACGGGCUCUUGGCAUCACACGCUCCGGAAGAGGCGGCGAGCCCUUUCCUUGCGAACGACUUGAUCGUGCCCAGCGGAGGCCGGGGUCUCCAGAAGCACCGGGCUCUGAAGCAAUGGAUCUGCGAGAAGUUUCUGGACACACCCUCACAGACCGCUUUGAGGGCGCAGUUCGAAGAGACGAGCCACAUCAAGCUCCCAGGCUUUCUAAACGAGAGGCUGGCCACAAGCGUCGCGGCCGCCAUCGGCGAUGCUCAGCUGAAGGAGUGGCAGGAGGCGGGGCCGGUGCGGGUGCAGCGCUGCCUGGUACUGAGCGCUGGCGCAGGGGAGGCUUCUAGAUGUCCCCUGGGCAGAGCCAUGGCUGAAGUGGGUAGCUACAUGGCUUCAGAGAGCUUCCUGCAGUUCUUAGAGGCCAUUACAGGAGUGACGCGGCUCCGCGGCUCAGCUCCCUCGCUGCAGAUCCGCUGUUUCCGGCCGGGCUUGGACUUCCAGCGGCCCAGGUGUACCCAGAGGCCCCAGCUGGACGUCAUCCUCGGCUUCGAGGUCGCAAGUGCCGGGUCCCGGCUGCGGUCCCGAAAGAUGAGAUCGAUGAGAUCGAUGGGGGGUGCGGACGGCUACGUCGAGGGGGACGCUGCUCACCUGAGGACGGCGGAGGCCUCGGGGAUCCUCGCUGGGCCAGGAGGCGUUCCUGCUCCGCUCCCCGUGCUGCUCCGGCUUCCUUUGCGGAACAACGUGCUGCGGCUGGUACUUCGGGAUCCGAAAACCUCGCACUAUGUCGAGCCACUGCAGGCGUCGGCACCGACAAGUCGCUGGGAGAUUUGCCUCGCUGUGCCCGUGGAGGAGCUUCCCAGCAGUGGCGAGGAGGCAGAAGCACCGUCCGCGCCACUGCUCUCCGCGCCCAUCAAGGCUAAAAGGCGGAAGCGAGGAAGGAGCAGGACGGCCACGGCCAGUGAGUUCGAAGCAACUCCGACGAAGCGCCGUGCUGAGGAAAAAGGGAAAGGGUGA